AUGCCUCCCAGAAUCCUCGAACCGGAUCCAGAAUUCAUCGAGAAGAGCUAUCUAACAGUAUACCGUCGUUACAUCAAUAAAAACUAUGGACUAUCGCUACAAUCCUACUACGAUCUACACGAAUGGUCGAUAACCAAACGUAACGACUUCUGGAUGUCGUUAUGGAAUUACCUCCCGAUAAAAGCCUCGUCUCAACCUCGACGUGCAGCCGAUGAGAGUCUCCAUAUCGACGACAUUCCCGAAUUCUACGAGGGAUCAAGACUAAACUAUGCCGAGAAUAUCCUUUCCAGGACUGGAUCUGGAAUUGCUGUCAAAGCAUUCAACGAAGAGAACUUGAAUUGUCCCGAAGAGCUGUCUUGGGAUCAACUUCGCGAGAGAGUGAGGGUCUUCGUUGACGCGCUGAAGUCCUCGGGGAUCGCAAAGGGAGAUGUGAUAUGUGUUGUUGGGGGCAGCACAGUAACCUCGCUAGCUCUCGUCAUAUCUGCAGCGGCGAUUGGAGCCAUUGUCGCAUGCUUCACCACCGACGCUGGAGAAAGGGUUCUCCUGGAGCGAAUCGGCCAGAUACGCCCGAAGGUCCUGUUUGCGGUACCGGAUUAUCGAUAUAAUGGGAAGCUACAUGAUAUCACGUCUAGAAUUCAGAUGGUAUGGGAUACGAUAGAACCUGCUGCUGGCUCUGAGCUCGUUAGCACUGGGAAGCAUACGCCUCCAGGAUGGACGUCGCUGGACAAGUACUGCAGUAGGGGAACUGGUAGGCCACUGGAGUUCGAGCAGGUUCCGUUCCAUACACCGUACGUGAUCUUGUUCUCGUCCGGCACGACAGGGACGCCUAAAGGCAUUGUGCACUCACAGGGUGGACUGCUCGUCAACGGCUUGAAAGAGCAUCGCUUACACUACAACCACGACGAACAUGCCGUCCACUAUCACUACGCAGGUAUCGGCUGGACCUUGUGGAACAUCAUGAUCGGUGCUCUUUUCUGUGGAAGCCAGAUUGUCCUCUACGACGGCUCACCUUUCUACCCGUCACCAGAAAAGCAACUCGCCGCCGUGAUGGCGACAGGAGUUACAUCUUUCGGCGCAGGACCGCGCUACUUCACCGAGUUGAUGAAGGCAAACGUCAAUCCCAGACCAUAUGUCGGCAAAGUGGACAAGAUCCCCAGCGCAGGCGCCCUUCUAACAGAACAGCAAUCAAUAUGGAUACGAGACAACUUCGGCGCUCACGUUUGCCAAAUCUCCACGUCAGGAGGCACAGAGCUCUGCGGCAACUUCAUCCACGGAACCCAGACACUCCCCGUCUACGCCGGCGAAAACGCCGUGAAGAAUCUCGGAAUGGACGUGGAUGUCUUCGGUCCAGACGGCAGACGCGUGCCUGAAGGCGAGAGCGGCGAACUCGUCUGCAAGAAACCUUUUCCUAAUAUGCCCGUUUGCUUUUGGAAUGAUUCUGGUCGGAAGAAGUACAGAGCUGCCUACUUCGAGAAGUUCCCGCAUGUCUGGACGCAUGGCGAUUUCAUGCGGAUCAAUCCAGAGACCAAAGGGCUGACGAUUCUGGGGCGGAAGGUUGCGGAUGCGAUUUGCGUUGGACAGCAGAGGGAGCAAGAUCCAAGCGAGAGGUUGUUCCUGUUCUUGCUCCUCAAGGAUGGGAAGUCACUCACGAAAGAGUUGGAGGACCGAAUCAAAAGCGCGACCCAAAGAGACCUGAGUCGAAGGCACGUUCCACAAUUCUUCUUUGCGGUCGAACAAAUCCCGUAUAAUGUCAACGGCAAGAAGCUGGAGAUUCCAUUGCGAGCGGUCUUGUCGGAGGGCGCGAAAGCAUUCGAAUGGAGGAAGUUCACUGCUGAGGAAAGACAGGCGUUGGAGAGGUAUCUACCUUACUUCGAGGUCGAGAAGAUCGGCGGCGGCUUUAAGGCGAAGCUUUGA